GCGUUUUGUCGCUUUUGUGAUAUUUCUUAUUUAUAUUUGAUGCAGCGUGAUAAUGGGAAAAUCAAAGCCAUAUCCGCAAAAGUACGUGAAAGACUGGGAAAAGGAGGUGGAAUUUCGGGGCUGGUUGAAGUCUGUGACUGGGGAUGACCGACGCGCGAGAUGCACUGUGUGCAGUACCACCCUUACUGCGAAAAAGAAGGAUCUCCAGGAUCACGCAAAGACCGAAAAACACAAGAAGGCCGUCGUAGCCUCAAAAUGCUCGCCAAAAAUCACAGACAAGUUGGCGUCGGCAUCGGGGAGCGAUCGUGAGUGCACUAAGCGGGCGGAAUUAAGGACAGCUCUCUUUGUUGCUGAACAUGGUUCAAAUGCUUCUGCAGAUCACCUCAGCGACGUGAUAGCUUCACUUGACCCUCACUCAAAUGUUCUGAAGAACUUCAAGCUGCAUCGCACAAAGUGCUCUGGCAUAAUUAAUAACGUGAUCGGGCCAAUUCUACACGAGGAGCUGUUAAAUGACAUAGGACAAUCAUACUUUAGCCUCAUCUUGGACGAGUCCACAGACAUUUCAACGACUCAGUGUCUGGGAAUCAUGGUCAGAUAUUUUAGCAAAAAGAUGAAAAAAGUGGUCACGUCGAUGUACAGACUGAUAGAGCUACAAGCAACCUCUGCAGAGGCAAUUUUGGAAGCGUUGCUACGUGCCCUGGACACAGACAAACUUCAGGUGAGUCGUCUAGUGGGCAUUGGUGUGGACGGUGCCAGUGCGAUGGUCGGACGACACCAUUCUGUGUCGUCCAUGCUGAAGGAAAAAGUGCCUCACCUGGUAGUUGUUCGUUGCAUCUGCCAUUCGCUUCAUCUUGCAGCCAGUUAUGCUUCUGCGGUGCUCCCUCGCCACUUGGACUAUAUGGUACGGGAAACGUACAGCUGGUUUAGUUGUAGCGCCAAACGUCAAAGAGAAUAUGCGAGGCUAUACUCUGCGAUGAAUGACGGCAGCAGGAACCCAAAGAUCUCAAAGAUUGCGUCAACCAGAUGGCUGAGCAGGGGUAACGCUGUGGCUAAGAUCAUUGAGCAGUAUGAAGAGCUGAAGCUCACAUUUCAGCUGGCAAAGGACAAGGAGCGGUGCUUUCAGGCCGAUCAACUGUGGCGGAUGUACGAGGACAAACAGAACCUUCUUUAUCUUUCUUUCAUGAACACACAGCUGAGUGCCCUGAACAGGAUAAAUAAGAUAUUUCAGUCCUCGAAUCCCGACCCAUGUGCCGUCCACAGAGAUCUCCACGACUACAUCUGCGGCCUCCUGGACCAGGCAGUGAUGCCAGCUGCCUUGCACGGCAUCAGAACGAGCCUUGAAGAUCUCUCAGAAAUUUCUGUGGCACGUCACCUCAUUCCGGCCAGAGCCAUUUAUUUCGGCCACGACUUCAGCAUUGUCGAAAUGGGGAUUCAGCAAGAGGUUGUCGCAGUAGUGCGGGAGAAAUGUCGUGAUUUUCUCCUUCAGCUCAUUGUCGAAGUACAAAAGCGGCUCCCCGACAACAUUAAGCUGUUGUCACAGCUGUCUGCGCUAUCACCAGAGGAGGCGAUGAAGGCCAACAGUCGGUCCAUCAUCCCCAUCGCCACUCACAGAGCUCUGGCGGGCGCCGAACCAGAACAUGUGGAAGUCCAGUGGCGCGCUCUGAGGAGAGAGGACUGGAACAGUGUGCAAGAUGCUGAGCAGAAAGGCAUCGACAGAGAAAGUUUUUGGUCGGAAGUUGGGGAGAAAAAGCUGGCAGAUGGGGAAGUGAAGUACCAGAAUGUCCAUCAGCUGGCGACGUCUCUUCUCACCAUGCCGAUCUCAAACGCUGAGGUGGAACGUCUUUUUUCACAAAUGAAUUGUGUGAAAACUGGACUGCGAAACCGCAUGCAGGUGGACAUGCUGGAGUCUGUGCUCAGAGUCAGGAGCAGGCUUCAUUCGACGAACCAAACGUGCGUCACGUACCCGAUAUCUGCAAAAAUGCUGUCUGUUUUCAGGGCCUCGGUCGUUUAUGACGGGGAGUGGCCAGAAGGUCUGUAGACUGAUGACGGGUAGACGGGCGAGAGCUAGAGUGGCAGUGGCUGAUUGAUCUGCCAUUGGUGUUUGGUUUGACUGUGUGUUUGUUUUAGUUCCUACUGCUUGUUUUAGUUCCUAGUCCUGUUGUAGACGAAUAAAUAGGCAAAUCGGUUUGUGCUCUAUUAACGUUUGUCUCUGUGGU